AUGGAAGAAAAUGCACAUGGUGAUGAUGUAAAUCAAAGUAAUGAAAAAGAUGCAGACGCUUUAGAGGCUGGAAAUGAACUUGUAGGAGUUGUCUCUGAUGAGAAUUUAUUGGAACUUCUGGAGUUAGCAAUGUCAUCAAACACAACUGAAACUGUGAAAAGAGCCAGAGAACUGAUGGAAUUAGGAGUUUACCCUAUGGUCCUCAUGUCUCAAAUGGCUACACUUAUUAUUGACAUUAUUGUUGGAAGAGGUGUUGUGUUUUUCUAUGUUGCUAGGUAA